AUGAAUUACGAUGAGUCAGCUUCUCAGAUAUCCAGAGUACAGCAUAGCGAUUCGCCGCAACUCACGUGCGGCCUUGAAAAAUUGACUUCAAAAAUUAGAUUGAAAGAUCUUGAAUUAUAUGCUGAAAACGUCUACUAUCCAACGGCCAUCAAUCAAUUUCUUGAAUUUUGGAAAAGAUCGACAUUUAUUGAAUGUCUUGGAUUGGAGAUUGAAAGAAAUGAAAAGCAAUUUUUCAAAGAUUUACAAGGAGUUGUUGAUAAUCUCGCAUUACUUCGAGAUUCAUUGUUGCUUUAUGAUAUGUUUAUGUUUCUGAAUGGUGGAACACUUUUAGGAUGGUUCCGAGAAUGUUCGAUUAUUAAACACACCACCGAUGUAGACGCUGCCGUGUUAGCUGAAGAGUAUAAUCCGGAAUUUUUGCGUGAUCUCUUCCACCAAAGACAUCCAUUUAAAAUUUUCAGAAAACUUGGAAAGCCCGAUGAUUCAUUAGAAAUCAGUGUAAAUCCGAAAAAUGGCGAAAAAAUCAAUAUUGAUUUAUAUUUGAUGUACAGUGAAACAAAUAAAAACGGAUCAUACAGCUACGUAACAGGACUUUCGAUUACUGGAGAAGAAUUUAUUUACACGUACCCUAUUUCACAUUACAAUGCCUAUUGUUCUGGUGAUCUUGGAGGUCAUUUAUUCUGGGUAACAUGUACUCCGCAAAAAAUGCUCAAACAUGAAUACGGCAAAAAUUGGCAUCGUGAUUUUCCGUCGAAAAAUUACUACUGGCAAUAUUCGGGCUCCAACAUCAUACUGAAGAGAAAAUUGUCGUCUUUUGAGAUGAGGGAACAAUAUAAGACAUAUUAA